AUGGCUUCCAAUAGUAAAACAUCAGUUGUCCUCUUUCUUGUCCUAAAUCUUCUCUUCUUCACUCUUACUAGUGCAUGUGGCACUUGCCCGGGUCCUAAACCAAAGCCUAGACCAAAGCCUAGACCAAGCCCAAACCCAAACCCGAAGCCGAGCCCGAGCCCCGGCGGCAAGGGCACAUGCCCUAGGGAUACCUUAAAACUAGGGGUAUGUGCUGAUCUUCUUGGUGGAUUGCUUGGUCUUACCGUUGGGACACCACCAAAAACUCCAUGCUGCUCCCUUCUCCAAGGCCUCGUCGACCUGGAGGCGGCGCUCUGCCUUUGCACCGCCAUUAAAGCCAAUGUUUUGGGCAUUAACCUCAAUAUUCCUCUUUCCCUUAGCUUGCUUCUUAAUGUCUGCUCCAAGAAGGUUCCACCAGGCUUCAAAUGUGCCUAG